UCUAAUUAAUCAAUUAUAUCAAGUCUACACGUCAACAUUUUUGAAAAAUCAUAACAAAGAUUGAUCUAAAUAUUUUCUAAGCAAAGCACUAAAAUGCUUAUGUCAUAAGUCGAUACAUCAGUCCGCGUAGCAGACGAGCGCAUUCAGCGUCUUUUGUAAAUAAUUCAAAGUUUAAGAAAUGAAUGACAACGCUAAACAGUGGUCUGACGAUACCGCAGUUGAUACAGAAGUUCAAUCAUUAGACAAACUGUUUCUAGAAAAGGAAGAAUUGGUAUCUAAGUAUAUUCAUGAGAUGGAACAGUUUUCAGGCAAUAGAAGUUCAUUUGAUAGAAAUCUAUGGAUAUUGAGAAAAGAAAUGCUUCGUCUGAUGCAAAGUGACAUUGAACUUUGGAAGAAACUACAAGAACUUGAUGCCUUGUUAGCUGCCGUCAAGGAGGACAUUUUACCUCAGAAUUUUGGUUAUGCUUGCUCCGGUACUUUGUCGUCUGCUUCAUCCGGAACUGAAAGUUUUGUGUCGGCGGAAGAAUACAAUGAUGUGAUAUUUUCUGUUCCAAAUGAAAACCGAGUAAAGAUAUGGAUUGAAAAUAGUGACUUUUGCAAUAGUGAUUAUACAAAAAACUUACCAAAAGAUGAGAAUGAUAGAUUUAGGUCUGAGGCUUUUAGUGAUAUUGAUUUAAAUACCAACACAGAAUGGCUUGUUCAAGAAAAUCUACAUAAAUCAUACAUAAUUGACCAGCUUCUAAAUAGUUUCAGAAUAUCAAAAUCAGUUUCGAACAAAAAGGAAAUUAACAAAAAGUGUAGCAUUAAUUAUUUACAGGGACUAUUGAAUUCAUAUUUACUGGGACCUACAAUUUUUGUGGAUUUGAAAAGGCCGCUUAUUAUGAAAUCUAUGAGGGAAAUCGAGAUUUCUUCCAGAGAGGACAUUACGUAUUAUAAGUCAUCACUACGUUUGCUGGGUUCUAUUCGAAUGCAAAGCAGAAUAUUCGAACCCAGCCUUACAAAAUGGAGACCUUUCGCAUUGUCCCAAACCUCGGACAGUUUCAUUAUUGUUCCUCCUACAUCAUUUUCGAAUAUUCAACCAAGACCAAAAUUACAUAGACUAGCAAGUGUUUCGGACAGUGGACGUGUAUAUAUAACGACUUUCUUAACAGACACAGAAGAAAAUCCAGAAAAUAAUAAAUUGGAUGCAAACGAAAAUUGCUUAAAAGAAAGCUUAAAUAAUAUAGACAUUUCUAAAGAAUUGCUUAUUACAGCAUGUAAAGAAUCAGACCAUACCGCGUAUUCUUUAGCAGAGGUAUGUGACGUCACCAAUGACAACAAUGAAACUAAAAGUGAUACAGAAAAAGAAGCUUCAGAAGUGAAUGUAGACGUAAUAAGUUCAGAAUUUCUAGAGCUUAAAGACGGAUUCAUAACAUGUCGCAUUUUAAUACCUGGUACAGAUGAAGAUCUGAAUCCACCGUUGCUCGACCAGGACGAGUUUGAAUAUCUAAUCAUAGAUGACGGUCGAGUCACGUUUACACCGCAUGAAAGAGACGCUGACAGUGGGGAAACAUACUUUUUAGGGUGGUUGUUCGAGAACAAAAAGGGCGACGAAGAAACGUAUUAUAUUUUCCCAAAAACAAAAUUUUAA